AUGACCAUCCAUCCGAGCGACUACCUGAAGCGCGCGACUGCCAGUGGAGUGAGACCAAAGUACCGGAGUCGAUCCAGCCUCCAGCUCGAAAGGAGAACGCCGAACGGUGUGACAGCCCCGCCGCCCGCGCCACCCCGCCCCCCGAACCCGCUCGGUCUCGACCGCCCGACGUUUUCGGCUCCGAUCGCAAGUCCCAAGAUAACCCCUGAUAACCCCUCCAUGCAGCUCGCCGAUACGAACGACGAUCAUGAUGCAUAA